GGCCCCUCCAGAUUCCUCUGAACGACGAGGCCUUGUCGACCAACCUCGCGCACGCCCGCACACCGGCCAAAGCUCUCUUGAAGCAGCGUACCGGAGGACUUCGCGAGAAUGCGAUGUAUAACGGCUCCAUGACUGUGAAAGCUAAAGGGAAUAACGCGCUGCACACGCCGUUCAAUCACGCACGCAAGGCCCCGCAGACAGCCGUUAAGCUUAAGAGCACAGCCACAUCCUCCCUACACGCCUCCCGCCCGUUGGGCGACAAGACUCCGUUCCCGAAUCGACAGUACGCACCCGCCCAGCAGCUGCGCACGCCGAAGCCGCAGGCGGCGAAACUCUUGCUUGAGGUGCAGGAUGAAGCCCCGGAGAUGCUCGCACAAACGCCGGAGUGCUUGCUGCUUCCGUCUGCGACGCGCCGCCGCAAGAGCUUGCGCCUGCCGAGCGCGAUAAGCAAGAGCCUGAAAACGCCUGCGACGAAGGGCAACUACUGGGACGUCAGCGAUGGCGACUUGGAGCUUAGCAUAGGCGAAGGAGACAGCCUUGGCGAAUCUGUUGCGGGCGGGGAUCCAGCGCUGAACACUGGCGCAGAAGAAGACGACGAUAUUGAAUACAUGCCCCCGAAAGUUCCUGAACAGCCGUGGGUACCACCGUUCGACAUGCCAGACUAUAAGACUCUUGGCCGCGCUCUUCUUCGAGUCGCGCAUGGCGAACGCGUGGAUGACUCGGCCGAUGUCUACUACACCCAGGACAUUGAAUCACAAAUCGAUGUGCCCCAAUUGCUCACGGAUAGCGGGGCUUUCGAGCUGUCCACUCUGGAAAUGUAUGACACGGACGACGAUGACCCUUUCGCUGCCGCGGAACGAGAUAUAGCGGCAGCGAAACAAUCUGCUGUGUCGAAGCGAACUCGUACGCCGUCCGUUGGAAGUAAUCCACAACCUGAUUCAAGAUCUGGUGGCACGCUGGCGCGACCAGACUCACGGAGUUCCUUACAAAGCCAUUCAGCUCUGACGCCAACACCACCAACCACCCACAGGGUAACGCGGUCGUCGUCUAUUAUAUCGAUAGAGAAACAUUCUAUUACCUCAACAGCUACCGCUGGGACCAACGCACGACGUGUCCAGCCGGCGCGUGCGGCCUCGUCGCGCUCGACAGCAGCGCAUACUAGCUUGAAACCUAUGGUCCGAUCUACGUCAGCAAAGCCUGCUACCACCACGAAACUGGUGGAGCCUAUCCCGAAGGCUGUAACGGCAACUGCGUCACAGUCAGACCUUCCAAUUGUAGCGGACAUGGAGUUCUUGUUCACAUUCUAGGGAGACUAGCUUUGUUUUUGUAGAGUGUAGCAAUGCCAGUGACAUCAUAUUACCCACCUCAGA